AGUUAAACCAUAAUUGGUCCGUCUUGUUUCUUUGUCACCCAGAAACUUCACAACUGUGUUGUGAGCGGAUUUUCAGCGCUUAUAUGUUUUUAAACUUGUCUUAAAAAUUUGUGGUACUUCUACGUUUCUGCGCUUUUGUAAAUGUAGAUCGUAUGUUUCGUCAUUUGAUUAAAGCGUUUGAAGACUUUGCAGCGCUCUGACACCAAUCGGCCACCGUAGCUUAGCAACCGAAUCAUAACAAUUCUUUUCCGUUUAGAGUUUUCAUUUGAACAUUUAAAGCAGCUCAGACUUGCAGUUUAUCAGCAAGAGAGAAGACGCGAAAGAUGUCCAUCGUGAAAACCACCGUGAAUCUCCAGAGGAUUGACUGGCUGCUGCCGAAAGGUGCAGUCAGUGUGCGGAUCGCCCCGGAAUACAUCCCCGGUCCAGUUGGCCGAGGACAAACCAGUUCCAGUGAUGCUGGCCGUCGGAAGAAGUGCCGCACCAGGCCGCCGGCAGCCAGCUCCCUGACCACGUCUGCCUCUCCUGGAUCUGCUGCCAUCCCGGUGGCAACCAGCAGGGGUCAGCAGGGCACAGGCCGCCGUAGAAAUACGGCGGGAGGCCAGUCAGGGCGAAGAAGGAGGUAUGACCAACAGAAGGGGUUAGAGCCUAAGCCCAGCUCACCAACCUUCUCCUCCUCUUCAUUUUUAUUUCUGUCUUCAGCCCCCUCCCCUUUUGUUUCAUCCCCAUUUCUUUUUAUGGGCUCCUCUGUUUUAUCCCCACACUUAGUCACACCUGUAAGCCCAGCUCCACAUCCAUUUUCAGCUCCAGGCCUGGUUCAUCUGACCCCUCUGCUUCAGGCUCCAGCACAGGCUGUAGCCGCCUCAUCUCACCUGGAAAAAUUCUAUUGGUUGUAUAACUAUUAUGUAACAAAGUACUCUAAAAUGACCUAUGACGCCAAGUGCUUUACUGAGUACUGGUGUCAGGAGUUUUGGAACAGACAUUUAAAUGAAAUUAACUUAGCGAAACAGGGGAAGAAUGAGGAUAAUGAGGGUACUCAUUCAACCAAGAGGCGUAGGAUUGAUGAAGAUGAGUUCAUCUUUCCUAUUGAUGCACUGGAGCAGCUAAGUACCAUGCCCAGGGCUCAGGAGAUGGGUGUGGAAAUGGGCUAUCAGUCAGAUGCACAUAGCUACAUUUCCCUGUAGAUUCAGCACAUAAUUACACGAGAGUUGUCAUACAUACUUAGGAUAAGAUAAAAUACCAUGUAGUUCUAUAGCAUAAGGUACUAUAGGAUAAGAUUAAGAUAGGAUAAGGU